UAAAGUAGUCAGACUGUAGACUCUGUAAAAACCUGGACCCCUUUAAGGUAAAGUAGUCAGACUGUAGACUCUGUAAAAACCUGGACCCCUUUAAGGUAAAGUAGUCAGACUGUAGACUCUGUAAAAACCUGGACCCCUUUAAGGUAAAGUAGUCAGACUGUAGACUCUGUAAAAACCUGGACCCCUUUAAGGUAAAGUAGUCAGACUGUAGACUCUGUAAAAACCUGGACCCCUUUAAGGUAAAGUAGUCAGACUGUAGACUCUGUAAAAACCUGAACCCCUUUAAGGUAAAGUAGUCAGACUGUAGACUCUGUAAAAACCUGGACCCCUUUAAGGUAAAGUAGUCAGACUGUAGACUCUGUAAAAACCUGGACCCCUUUAAGGUAAAGUAGUCAGACUGUAGACUUUAAAAACCUGGACCCCUUUAAGGUAAAGUAGUCAGACUGUAGACUCUGUAAAAACCUGAACCCCUUUAAGGUAAAGUAGUCAGACUGUAGACUCUGUAAAAACCUGGACCCCUUUAAGGUAAAGUAGUCAGACUGUAGACUCUGUAAAAACCUGGACCCCUUUAAGGUAAAGUAGUCAGACUGUAGACUUAAAAAACCUGGACCCCUUUAAGGUAAAGUAGUCAGACUGUAGACUCUGUAAAAACCUGGACCCCUUUAAGGUAAAGUAGUCAGACUGUAGACUUUAAAAACCUGGACCCCUUUAAGGUAAAGUAGUCAGACUGUAGACUCUGUAAAAACCUGAACCCCUUUAAGGUAAAGUAGUCAGACUGUAGACUCUGUAAAAACCUGGACCCCUUUAAGGUAAAGUAGUCAGACUGUAGACUUUAAAAACCUGGACCCCUUUAAGGUAAAGUAGUCAGACUGUAGACUCUGUAAAAACCUGGACCCCUUUAAGGUAAAGUAGUCAGACUGUAGACUCUGUAAAAACCUGGACCCCUUUAAGGUAAAGUAGUCAGACUGUAGACUCUGUAAAAACCUGGACCCCUUUAAGGUAAAGUAGUCAGACUGUAGACUCUGUAAAAACCUGGACCCCUUUAAGGUAAAGUAGUCAGACUGUAGACUCUGUAAAAACCUGGACCCCUUUAAGGUCAAAGGGAUUCUUAAGGGGCUUUAAUGGUGUUUAAAUGUUGGAUCAGUUAUCAGUUCUGCACCAUCAGUUGUCACUGUAAUGGGACGGUUGUUGUUGCUGUGUAAAAGCUGAGGCUGGGGAUGUGAGAACAGGAAUUAGCUGUGUGUAAAGCGAUGGUAAGCUUUGUUUGUAGUCAGGUUUGAGUUCAUUAGAGGUGGACCCAGAAGCUGUGAAUGUGCAGGAUAUGAGCAAGAAAGUUAAACACGUUCUAGAAUGAGGUCUAAAAGCCCUUAUUGUAUGAGAAAGCUGGGAAAGAGGUUUUGAAGGUGUGAGUGCUGAACAGUGAGGAUGGGGAGUUAGGACUCGUCCAGUAGAAGUGAGGGUUAGGCAAAUGAGUACUUGGAUAUUAUCUUCAUUUUUUAUGCAUAUUUUCCCACUCCAAGCUCCAUAAACUGGAAUGUUUAUUGGAAUGAAACAUUAUCAGGUCAUGUUAGUUUGUGUAAUGAGGGAGGGAGUGGCCUGAAGUGAUCACCGCCCUGUAUCAAGGUGUGCAGAAUUAUUAGGCCUUUAAAUGACUAAAUUUUUCCCAUCUCACUUGUUAUUUUUCUUUCAUUAGAGCAAGAAUAACAGAUAAAAAAUGAAAAUUCAGUGACCAAUAGGGCCACCCUUCUUUUCAAUAAACUUGAUGAGCCUUCCAACCAUGGAAUGUGUUAGUUUUUUGUUUUGCUGAUGAUCAAUUUUAUGUGCUGCAGCAACCACAGCCUCCCAAAUGCUGUUUAAAGUGCUCUCCUGUCUUCCUCCACAGUAAACUUCACAUUUCAAGAUGGCCCAGAAGUUCUCAAUCAGGUUUAGGCCAGCUGAGAAAGGGUGCCAUGACAUUAAUCUGCCAUCUUUAAGACCUUUGCUGGCUAGCCCUGCAGUGGAGUACUUUGAUGCAUGUGAUGGAGUAUCAUCGAGAGGUGUUAGUGAAGUGAGCGUGAUGGAGCUGACUGGCACUGAGAAGGAGGGAGGAGGAGGCGCACAGGAUGAAGGCAUGAAGAGGAAACAUGAGGAAGAGGAGACCACACCUUCUAAGAAGCAGAUGGCCGAUCACGGGCUGAAGGUGGCGAGUCACUACAACAAUCUCCAGGAAGUUGGUCUGGCUGCUCGGAGUCGGAGCCGAAUCUUCUUCAUGAGGAACUUCAACAACUGGCUGAAGAGCGUCCUCAUUGGGGAGAUACUGGAGCAGGUACGUGGGGCGGGGUCUCGACAGGUGUGUGUGUUGGAUCUCGGCUGUGGGAAAGGAGGAGACCUGCUGAAAUGGAGGAGGGGAGGAAUCAAUCACCUGGUGUGUGCAGAUCUGGCUGGGGUUUCUGUGGAACAGUGUCAGAUUCGUUACCACGACAUGAAGAAGAAAAGUCACUUUAAUGAGAAAAUCUUCAGCGCUGAAUUCAUCACGGCUGACUGUACCAAGGAGCUUUUGUCAGAGAAGCUGGAGGACCCCACCCUAAUGUUUGAUAUCUGCAGCUGUCAGUUCGUUUAUCAUUACUCAUUUGAGAGUGAGCAGAAAGCCGACAUCAUGCUCAGAAACGCCUGUGAGCAUCUAAAACCAGGAGGUUUUUUUAUCGGCACUACGCCAGAUGCCUUCGAGCUUGUGAAGCGUUUAGAAGCGUCGGACUUGCUGUCGUUUGGAAACGAGGUUUUCAACGUGUCCUUUCAGUCCAAAGGUUCCUAUCCGCUGUUCGGCUGUCAGUAUAACUUCAGCCUUGAAGAAGUGGUCAAUGUUCCUGAGUUUUUGGUCUACUUUCCUCUGUUUGAACACAUGGCAAGGCGUUACAACAUGCGUCUGGUGAUGAAGCAGAGGUUCUCCGAGUUCUUUGAGGAAAAAGUGAAGAGUGAGCAGCAUCGCAGCCUCAUGAUGAAGAUGAUGGCUCUGGAGCCCUUCCCAUGUGAGGAUGGAGGUCAGCAGGCCACCGACAGUAAAGGAGAGUACAGCCAUGCAAAAGAGCACUGCAGCAGAGCUGGAGUCACACAACCAUUGGGCACGCUGAGCAGAUCGGAGUGGGACGCUACAAGUAUCUACCUGGUGUUCGUCUUUCAGAAGAUGUCCUCAUGAUCAAAUCAUUCUCUUUGCACCUUCAGGCUGGCUGGAGAGCUCCACUGUUGGAUGAGGAUGAGAGUUGGUGGUUUGGGACACAGAUUUUUUUUUUUUUUUUUUUUUUUUUUACUCCUUUGGUUUUUGGAGGAACCUGCUGCUGACCAGCUUAUCUUCUCUUCUGCUUGUACAGUAUUUGACGCCGUUUCUUUUUGUAAGUCUUGAAUAAAAUAUUAACUAUGGUAGAAAUGAAUUAAAUUUACAUUUUU